AUGAAUCUUUUGACUGCCGAAACGGGGCUCAAAGCCUCCGUGGGGGUAUUCUUAUUGAGCUGCAUUUUCAUUACGACUUCUUACACCACUACAUUCGCUUUUGAUCAUCCAAUCGAAUCAGCCAUCCUCGCCUGUUUCUUCGCAGCUAUCUCUCUUCUGACCACGAGCAGAUUCGUUGACUCCAUUCCCACGAUAUCCUCACCGUCGCAUAAAUAUUCCGCCAUACCCCUCACCGGGCUCAACCAUUCCGCCGCAGAGGAGCUUCCUUCGCCCAGUAAUCAUACCGGUAGCUUUCCCAGUCGAAAGACACUUGGUCUGAGCCGGUGGACCGGAGUUUGUCUUGUUUCGGGAAUUGGAUACAUACGAAUAGCACUAUAUUACCAGAUCAGUCUCAACAUCGAGUGCGCACCUCCGGGAUAUACUUACAUGAUCCCAUUCCUUGUUGCGCUCUACGAUUACUGGCGCAACCAACGUGGUCGACCAAAUGUGAAAUGGACCGCUCCGGAAGGCCCUUCAAAUGCGCAUCUACGCACAUUAGUCGUUGCGAUUCGCCGUACGCAGUUCUAUCUUUGCCAGAGUCGCUUGAGGAAUGUAUUAUCAGCUAUAUUCCUCAUGACAGGUGGACUUCUCUUGGCGACAUUCAACGAAGGCAGGCAGUCGACUUACAUCUGCCCUAUUACUUCUGGUCUAUACCCCCGUCUUCGGAUGUAUAGGUCUCUCAGCGUACUUUUGGAUGCCUUAAUCUUAAUCGGCGCUGCCGAAUUUUGUCGGGAAGGCACUCGAUCCCGGGAUGGAAAGAGGAAACAGGCGUUGGUUUCUUGGGGGUAUGGCUUUCUUGGUAUUGCUGUGUUCUGGACGAUCACGCUGCUCAUUUUAAGAAAGGUAUCCCCUGGGGAUGAAGGCGGCUUUGUCAACUCUCAUUACUUGCGAAGCUCUGUAGGCCAAGGGCUACUAGUUACUUUCGUCGUGGUCUCUGCAUCUCAACUGAUACCUUAUUACGGUGCAGUUGGGCUCUCCAUAUUGGCAGGCUCAACCUCCAUUAAUUUCAUGUUAUCCUCGGCCUUGUUUAACGGACAGGAACCCUUUCCGUUGAUUCUCGCAUCCCAUGCUUUCGCCGCCUUUCUUCUUACCUUCCUGGGGGUGAUGUUAUAUCUAUGUGGCCAAACGGCCUCUGAAGAACCGCAGUUCCUAUAUGCGUUCAAUAUAAUCAUGCGGAUCUUUUUCUCCGUCAUGUUUGGCAUUGGGUUGAUUCUGGUCGCUCACCAGCCCAGUGUAGCCAAUGUACAUCCGAUUGACCUGCUUAUUUAUCAGGGUAGACAGCAUCAUGAUCGCUGGAAAUCCAGCGCCAAUGGCAGCAAGAAUCUAGCAGAAGCUGUUGCACAGUACCGUGCGAAAUAUCGCCAACAUCCACCACCAGGCUUUGACAAAUGGUACGAGUAUGCCACUAGCAGGUCGUCUGUCGUCAUUGAUGAAUUCGACCAGAUAUAUGAAAAUCUACUUCCAUUUCGUGCCUUGGCCCCGGAGAGCAUUAGGGAACUAACUCACCAACUAGCCACAAAUCCAUUUAACGAUAUUGGUGCAAUCAGCAUCCGUAAUGGCACUCCGAGGGUUCAGCAGGGUAUCAAACCAACACAUGCCUGGAUGGUCAUCAGUGCUGCUAAAAUGAUUGAGAAAUUUUCCGAGCAUCUCCCCGACAUGGACUUAGCUUUCAAUCUUAAUGAUGAGCCUCGAGUUUCUGUGCCCUGGGAGAAGAUGUCUAUUUUGAAGAGCCAAGCCCGAUCCCAGGAACCUCCCCCUAGCGAGGGCCUAACAAACGGGUGGUCGAGCAACCGUGAUGAAGGAUGGGCGCCCAUUGAGCCGGCAGAUCAGACAACUGAGACCAUGUUCACCGAGAGCUCUUUUGUAAAUAUAUUCGAUCGCUACGUGGGUGCUCUUUGUCCUGCUUCGUCAAAAGCGCGAUCUCAGCGGAUAUGGGAUCGACACAGCAUAUGCAUGGGUUGCAUCCGUCCCCACUCGCUAGGACAGUUCCCAUCUGACUGGACCGUGGCGACUGAUAUAUGCCAUCAGCCUGAUCUUGCAUACUUUCACGGGUUUUUCGUGUCUCCUGCAUCGUUCAAGGUCACCCAAGAUUUAGCCCCGGUUUUUAGCCAGAGCACGAUUUCCGGAUUUAGCGACCUCGUGUUCCCCAGCCCAUGGAACUACGUGGAUAAAAUAAAAUACGAGCCCUCCGACGAGCAUCCGGAUUUGGAGUAUGAAGAAAAAGAAAAUCGUCUUUUUUGGAUUGGUGGUACGUCGGAAGGCGUAAGUCGAGACGGUCAAUGGCAAGGGAUGCCCCGUCAACGCCUAACACAUCUAGUCAACAACAAUACGUACAACAAGGUGUCAGUGCUUUUACCCGCAGAGGAUCCCAGCACCUACGCUUAUCAAAUCCUCGACGGUUUGGCUCCUACGGAGAAACUGGGAUUGAACGCGUCAGUUCACGUCACAGACCCAAUCGUGCGCUGCAGAAAAGACUGUGGAGACCAAAAGAAGGAAUUAGGCACAGCUGGUCGGGUCGACUUCCAAAGUCACUGGAACUACCGUUUUCUCUUUGAUGCAGAUGGUGCUGGCUUUAGCGGCCGAUUCCUUCCUUUCUUGCAAAGCCACAGCCUACCAUUCAAAACAGGCCUUUUCCGACAGUGGUUCGACUCGCGUAUCACACCCUGGCUGCACUUCGUCCCCAUUGAUGUCCGUCUGCAUGGAUUGUGGAGUACCCUGGCCUUCUUUGCUGGAAUUGACAUACCUGCCGGCGUAGAUGAUAAUGAUGGCCAACCUAAACCUUUGAUGGAGCCUCAUAACCUUCAAGGGCGCUGGAUCGCAGAAGAGGGCCGCAGAUGGGCCGAACGAGCUUUACGAAAAGAAGAUAUGGAGAUCUACUUCUUUCGGUUGCUUCUUGAAUGGGGUCGACUGACUGAUGAUCAGAGGGAUAUUCUUGGGUAUACUGAGUGA